GAUGGGCAGUGAUGGAGGACAAAGGUCCUCGUGUAGCGGACUACUUCGUGGUGGCAGGCCUGACGGACUCGUCCAAGCCCCUGGACGAGGAGAUCCACUUCGAUGACGUCUGCCACAAGACAGCCCGGCCCAAGGCGCCCAUCACCGACGUGGCGGUGGUGCUGCGUUCCCUGGGCGAGGAGGUGCCCGCCGGGUACACCUGCGUGGAGGCCACGCCCACCGGCCUUUCCGCCGACCUGAACGGCGGCAGCCUCAUGGGACCGCAGAUCUUCCUGUGCUACAGGAGAGGCCGGGACAAGCCCCCGCUCACCGACCUGGGAGUGCUCUACGAGUGGAAGGAGCGCCUGAAGCAGGGCUGUGACAUCAUCCAGACCACGCCUUCUGGUCGCCCGGCCAACAUCAGUGGCUCCUCGUCCCAGCGCAUCUACAUCACAUACCGUCGUGCCCCCAGCUGCCCCUCCCAUGGCCUCCUGGCUGUCACCGACAUCUGCGUCAUCAUACCCGGCAAGGGGGAGACGCCCCCCCACACCUUCUGCAGAGUGGAGAAGAACCUCAACAGCAGCAUGUGGGGGUCUUCAAUGUACCUGUGCUACAAGAAGUCUGUGGCCAAAACCAAUACAAUCGCAUAUAAAGCAGGUUUGAUCUGCAGGUAUCCUGAGCUGGACUAUGAGUCAUUCCCACUUCCUGAGUCUGUGCCACUCUUCUGCCUCCCCAUGGGGGCAACCAUUGAGUGCUGGCCCCCCAACACCCAGUACUCCCUGCCCGUCUUCUCUACCUUCGUCCUAACCGGAGCCUCUGGGGAAAAGGUGUACGGAGCUGCCAUACAGUUCUACGAGUCCUACCCGCAGGAGUGCCUGACGGAGAAACAGCGCGUCCUGCUGGGCCUGAACGGUGAGCGCAGAUCUGGGGACUCCAAGGCUGUGCAUACAAACAAGUGCAUCUGCCUGCUGUCACACUGGCCCUUCUUCGACGCCUUCCGGAAGUUCCUCACCUUCCUCUACCGCUACUCCAUUUCCGGCCCCCACGCGCUGCCUAUUGAGAAGCAUAUAUCCCACUUCAUGCAUAGAGUGCCGUUUCCCUCAUCCCAGAGACCGCGGAUCUUAGUGCAGCUCUCUCCUCAUGACAGCCUGAUGCUAAGCCAGCCCGUGUCCUCACCGCUGCCCCUGAGUGGCGGGAGGUUUUCCACGCUGUUGCAGAACCUGGGCCCGGAGAACGCCGUCACCCUGCUGGUAUUUGCCGUCACGGAACACAAGAUCCUGGUCCACUCGCUGCGCCCGUCCGCCCUGACCAGCGUGACCGAGGCUCUGGUGUCUAUGAUCUUCCCGUUCCACUGGCCGUGCCCCUACAUCCCGCUGUGCCCGCUGGCUCUCGCCGACGUGCUCAGCGCCCCCUGCCCCUUUAUCGUCGGUGUUGACUCCCGUUACUUUGACCUCUACGACCCCCCGCCAGACGUCAGCUGUGUGGAUCUGGACACCAACACCAUCUCCCACAACGAGGAUAAGAGAGCCCUGACGUGGAAGAUCCUGCCGAAGAAGGCCUGCAGAAGCCUGAUGAAUACGCUGAGCAGCCUGCACCAGCAGCUGGCCGAAGGGCAGCAGAGACCCCGAGAGGACUGGCUGAUGGACCUGGCCAUGAGCGACCCGGAGCUGGCCGGGGGAAAGAGCCUGCACACGCUGGAGCUGGAGAUCCAGGAGGCCUUCCUGCGCUUCAUGGCCGCCAUCCUCAAGGGCUACCGCUCCUUCCUGCGCCCCAUCACCCAGGCGCCCUCCGAGAAGGCCACGGACGCCAGCUCCCUGUUCGACCUGCAAGGCUUCCUCAGGAGUCGGGAUCGCUCACACCAGAAGUUCUACUCUCUCAUGACCAAGACUCAGAUGUUCAUCCGCUUCAUCGAGGAGUGCUCCUUCGUCAGCGAUAAGGACGCCAGCCUGGCCUUCUUUGACGACUGCGUGGAGAAACUCUUCAGCACCGAGUCUGGUGCAGACAAAGGAGGAAAGGUGGACAGCGAAAGGCUGGAAGACACUCGGCUGAUUGAGGUGGACGAGUCGCACCGCAGCGAGCACACGGUCUUCAUCACCCCCCCAGAGCUGCCCCCACUGCCCGAUGGAGAGGAGUACCCGCUGCGCUACAGCUAUAGCGGCUUUCCCGUGUUGACUCCGGAGCUGUUUGACGCUGCUGAGGGGUUGCGCCCACCUGCCUUACACCUGCCAUCGCGACACAGCUGCCCAACAAGCCCCGCCCCCAUGUUCCGCCGCACUAAGCAGGAGAUCAAGUCGGCACAGAAGAUGGCAAAGAAGUACUCCUCCAUCCCGCAGCUGUGGUCCAAGUGCCUGCUGCGCCACUGCUACGGCCUGUGGUUCAUCUGCCUGCCCGCCUACGUCCGGGUGUGCCACUCCAAGGUGCGGGCGCUGCGCACCGCCUACGACGUCCUGCGCAAGAUGCAGGUGAAGAAGCUGCAGCCCCCCGACGAGGUGUGUUACCGUGUUCUGAUGCAGCUGUGCGGGCAGUACGGUCAGCCUGUUCUGGCCGUUCGGGUUCUGUUCGAGAUGAAGAAGGCUGGCGUACACCCUAACGCUAUCACCUACGGUUACUACAACAAGGCUGUGCUGGAGAGCACCUGGCCCUCCACCACUAGGGGGGGCUACUUCCUGUGGAUGAAACUGAGGAAUGUGGUUCUUGGCGUGGCCCAGUUCAGACGGGCACUUAAGAGGCAGCAGGCUAAUCCAGCACAGACUCCACUGUCAGAUGGCAGCGACCUGGAUGCAGUGAGCCAUGGCAGCCUGGAGGGCUCUAACGACACUAACCCCGGGGAGCGGGUCCCCUUCAGCACUGACUCCGUCAGAGUAGAUUCCACCGACGAUAGAUCUAGCACAGGUGGGCAGUCUGAUCUUGGCUAUAACUCCCUGUCCAAAGAGGAGGUACGCCGAGGGGGUGCAGUGGUACAGGAAUGUACCGUGGACAAGGAGGAGGACAAGAAAGAGAGUGACUCCAGCUCCUUGUCAGAGACUGAGAGUACGAAGGGCAGCGGGGACUGCCUGCCUCAGCUGGACUUCCCAGAGGUCAGUGACCCCAUCAGGCCCCGGGCGGGCAUUGUCCGCGGCAGCUGUUCCUAUGGCGACACUGCAGCCGAGUCUGACGAGGCCAGAGCAGAACGUGUUGCUGGGCUCCUCUUCACCUCCUCUUUGGAGGAAAUUGGGGUGGUACAGGGCAGUCUCCGCCGGAGGCACAGGAGCGCCACGGACGAGGGCCAGGGGGCGGCGGACUGGAGAGGGGUCAGAGGUCACGGUCAGAGUGGGGACCCUGCGGGGAGCACCGUGCUGGGGCUCGGGAUGAGCCAAGGCGAGACGGACCCGCUCCGCAUCGCCAAGAACCUGGGCGACGACGCCAGGAUCCUCCGCGGGACCCUGCUGAAGAGCAGGAGGCCCGACUCGCUGGCCGUUGGAGGAGGAGAAGAGGGGGCGGUCAGACCUGGCGCGCUGGACACGCCCACACGCAGGCACGGGGACACGCAGGAGAGGGACUCCAGCGACGAGGACAAGGCAGAUGCCGAUGUCACCGCCAUCUUUGACCUGGAGGACCUGGAUGGGGAGGGGGGAGGGAGCACCCAGGAGGGGCGUGAUGCGGACAGGUGCAGGAGGGGCGUGGAAAAAACAGCGAGUGACCGCCGGUCAGUAAAGCGGACAGACAUUGAGACGGGUUUUGACCCGCUGUCCCUGCUGGUGGCGGAGACUGAGCAGGAACGCGACGAUGAAGAGGAGGACGAGAGAGAGGGUGUGCUGACCCCACGGCGCCACCUGGCAGAGGAGAUCGAAAUGUACAUGAACUACAUGGGCAGCCCCCUGUCCAGCCGUGCCCCCAGCAUGGACCUGCAGGACCCCUGCAGCCCCACCCCCUCGUCCCGCCCCCCCAAUCUGCCCCACAGCUCCCCCCGUCCUGCCGGCGUGCCCCGCUCACGCACUUACCACUCCCACCCCCACGACCGAGACCACCCUCGCAGCCGUGACCGGCUCUGUUCUUCCCCGGACAGCCCGUACAGGGAGCGUGAGACCCCGAACACCCUGGCCUCCCCCCCGUCCUUCGCCCUGGACGCUCUGCUCACCCCCACCCUGGACGUCUUCAAGACCAGCGUGUUCUCCGCGGGGAAGGGCGUGGCCGAGAAAGCCAGCCGCUGGUACUCGCGCUUCGCCACCUAUACCUCGCCCACCAAGGAUGUGAACUAUGAUCGGGCCAGCGUAUCCUCUCUAGGUGUGGGUUACCCAAAAUCCUCUCUGUUUGGGGAGGAUUCUACCUCUCCCCAGCGAAACGGACCCCGUAGGAGCCCCCACCGGAUGCGUGUGGAGAAUUCCGCCCCUCUCCCCUCCCCCCGCCCCACAUUACGCCCUGUACUCCAGUCAGGUUUCACACCGUCACCCUCAAGCUUCACUCUGCCAGAUAAAUCAGAGCUGGGCUCCUCCCGCUACACCAGCAGCACCAGCAUCUUCCACAACUACGCCAUGGAGGUGCUGAUCUCUAGCUGCUCGAGGUGUAAGACCUGCGACUGCCUGGUGUACGACGAGGAGAUCAUGGCCGGCUGGACCGCUGACGACUCCAACCUCAACACCACCUGCCCCUUCUGCGGGAACCCUUUCCUGCCCUUCUUGAAUGUGGAGAUCCGAGACAUGCGGGGGCCUGGCAGGUUCUUCCUGAAGAGCAGUACCUCGGCAGAAGAGGCCAUGUCCUCGUCUUACUCCGUGUCCACGGGACUUGGGACUGGAACAUCCACUCUGUCCACACCCUGUCCCACCACGGCUGUCUCCCCUCCCUCCCCCAGAAUCAUGCUGCAGGAGUGUCCUGGAGGCAACAGGAGUGGUUAUGCCCCUGCACGCUGCAUCGAGAUCCCCACGGAGCGUCGUCAGGGUGCCCUGUCGCCAGGAACCCACAUGGUCCGCAGCGUGAGCGCCUUUGACCCCCUGGAGGAGCCGUUCCGCACCGGACUGAACGUCCCCACUGGCAGCCUACCCAGCCGGCUCAACGAGGCCACUGACCCACUAAAUAUGGACUGGCGCCUGCACAACCCCGACCCGGUGACGGUGCCUUACCUGAGUCCGCUGGUCCUGUGGAAGGAGCUGGAGAGCCUGCUGGAGAACGAGGGCGACCUGGCCAUCAGCGCCUACGACAUCGUCGACCACCAUCCCAUCGUCUUCUGGAACCUGGUGUGGUACUUCCGCAGGCUGGACCUGCCCAGCAACCUGCCGGGCCUCGUACUCACCUCUGACCACUGCAAUCGUGGCUCCCAGAUUCCUCGUCACUGGAUGUCAGAGGACAGUAAGCACGUACUGAUCCAGGUCCUGUGGGACAACCUGAAGCUGCAGCAGGACCCCAUCCAGCCCUUCUACAUCCUGUGGAAUACACACAGUCUGAACUACCCUGUGACGCGGCCAGUGCGGGAGGAGGAGCUGCCAUUUGGGGAGGAGCUUCUGCAGGGCGUGGUCCAGAGCAUCCAGAAAAAUGACGUGUACCACCCCAUGACGAAGGUCCUGCGCCUGCUUGCACAGACGCUGGGAGUCAGGAGGCAAAGGAGUUUGUACAGAGACAUCCUGUUCCUGUCCUUAGUGGCUCUGGGCAAGGAUAACAUUGACAUUGAUGCUUUUGACCGUGAGUACAAGAUGGCGUAUGACCGUCUCACACCCAGCCAGGUCAAACUGACGCACAACUGUGACCGCCCGCCUAGCGCUGGGGUCAUGGAAUGUCGCAAGACUUUUGGAGAGCCGUAUCUGUGACAUCCCCCUCCCGCCCCCCUCCCCAGACCAGCCCCCAUACUACUGUGUUCUCCUGGUACUCCAAAUAUGACUUGGAGUGGAGCUGCUCCUUGUGCCAGACAAGAGAGGAGUCUAUGGAAUGGGACAGGAAGGAAAAUCACAGACUAACAGAGGACCCUGUAGACUGGGACUCGAAGUGAUGUCUCAUGCUGAGAGAGAAACCAAUAGAAUGGGACAGGACGUGAAGUCACAGGCUGAGAGAGGAACCAAUAGAAUGAGACAGAAAGUAAAGUCACAAACUAACAGAAGACCCAUGUAGACUGGGACAAGAAGUGACAUUGCAGUCCAAGAGAGGAAGCAAUAAAAAAGGACAUUAAGUGAAGUCAGACCAAAACAAGAACCUGUAGAAUGGGACAGGAAGUGAAGUCACAGUCCAAGUCACUGCCACUGCAACACCUCAAGAGUAGGAGGGGACUCUAUAAUGAAAAGCCACCUCCCUUCAUCUUGCCUGUGAACCCAUCUUCACCACCCUGUGCAAGCAAAUGUCACAGAAGGCUUACACUCAGCAGAUAGGCUUGUACCACAGCAAAUCAGAACUCACCAAUAUGACACACAGGCAAUGAGGACAACCUCGCAUCCACUGCCAAUGCUGGGAACCACCCACUUGUUUCUCAUCAGCGCAGACUGACUACAGCUAAACCAAGGGUUGUGUCCAAAGGGGGUGCUCAGGAAACUCAUGAGGAAGGCCAGAAGAAGAUGACAAAGAGGAUGGUGUGGAUUGGGAACACUGCGUUCAGACUACAUGCAGUCCACCUGUAAGAGAAAUUUAUAUGGAGUUUCAUAUCGUGGUUUAACAAAAUAAUGUGCUUCUCUUAAAAGCAGCUGAGCCCAUAUUGCAAGCACUCUUCUGUACAAAAGAGAAGAAUAAAAGGAAGAAAAAUAUAUGUUAAUACAGCAACAUGUUU